AUGCGGUAUUGCGCCCGAAUACCGGCACUUCUAAUAUGGUUCUGCCUGCUGGCACUCGGCAGCACCCGACUAGAUGGGUUCCGCCACAAACUGCCGGCCGAUGUUGAGAAGGCCAAGGCGCAGAUCAGGGAGGUGAGGAGAAUCUUCGGGCUGGUGGAAUUCCCAUGGACUAUCAGUGCCGUUGAUGGAGAUGAACGACUUUACCGAAAAGGCGUCAAACUCAUCCCCAACAUCUUGAGGACAUACCAGGAAUUCUGGGUGGAUCGUUGCCCCGAUCCGAUCACCCAGGAACAGGCAAAGAUUUGGGUAUCACAUAGCGCAUUUGUGCUGGAUGCUUACCUGGAAUGGGAACGAGGAAAUUUAACCGGAAAACCAUUUCCCUACGAAGAGGUCGACGGAUUUUUGAGACGGUUUCGCGACAUCUACGAAUCCAUGCAAAGUCCAGAACUGUUUGACGUGAAGUCGUUGAACAUCACCAAGCUGAAGAAGGGAUCUGCAAACGCCUCGUUUGAAGGAUUAUUCGAGCAAAUGGAAACGCAGCACGGUCCAUUAAAUGAUACAUCCUUGAACGGGUGCUACUGGACACAACACAUCCUGGACAGCAAUUUCCGCAUGGAUGUGGCCUGGUCGGCCAUCGACAAGAUUCAAUACGAUCUCAUGGUGUUGGAGCGCGCGAUGAACAUCUAUCUGAAUAAUACUGGAACCGGGGAGGUCGACGCAUUUUAUCCGAUUUUCGAUAAAAUAAAUGAGCUUGGACGGCAAUCACUCGCGAUGCGGUAUCCUUCCGGAAUACCAGCACUUCUGACUUGGUCGAUAUGUGUGCUCCAACUCGCGGCGGCCGCCGGGUCAAUUUCCAGGCCGCGCGACCAUGAUCUACGACAAGUCCUAUCUGCCGAUUACGACAAAGUGAAGGCUCGGGUCAACGAUUUGAAGAGGAUCUUCGGGUUGGAAGACUGGCCAUACCUCAAGAAUUUGACUGGCGGAGACAAACAUCUCUACGAGAAAGGCAUCAAACUGAUUCCCGGCAUCCUAGAGGCAUACGAAGAUCUAUACGUGGAUCGAUGCCCCAACCCCAUCACCAGGGAAGAAGCGAGGAUCUGGGCGAAACAUAGGGCAUUCGUGCUGGAUGCUUAUGUGGCGUGGAGUCGAGGUGAUUCGACCGGAAAACCAUUUCCCUCCGACAAAGUCGACGCGUUUUUCCAACAGUUUCGCGACAUCUACGACGUGAUGCCAAACCCAGAGUUGUUCCAUGUGAAGUCGUUGAACAUCACCGAGCUCGACAUGGGGUCCGCUGAGGCUUCUUUUGAGACAUUAUUCGACAAAAUGGAGAAUGAGUACUUCGACGGUCCGAUAAAUGCUGCAGAAGUCCAUCGCUGCUACUGGAGGCAACUUAUUUUUGACAACAAAUUCGACAUUACGGCCAUCUGGCCGCAGGUCCAGAAAAUGGGGCCCGAGUGGAUGGUGCUGUCAAUCAUCUCAUUCGUCUCUCAUAAUCACACCGCCGAUGAUCUGCACGAAUUAUGGGGGGAAGUAGCUGAGCUUCAAUCGACGACUAUGGCGAAUCAACAUCAGUACAUUGACGAUUCAUUGGAGAGGGCAAGGGCACGAAUCAGAGAUGUGAGGAAAAUCUUUGGGCUCCAGGGCAGCGGCUACGGCUGGGUACAAGUCGGUGGAGAUGAACGACUUUACGAGAAGGGCGUCAACCUCAUCCCGGACAUCGUGAGGAUCCACCAAGAAUUUUAUGUAAAUCGAUGCCCAGAUCCAAUCCCUCAAGAAGAAGCGAAGAUUUGGGUAUCGCAAAGAGCAUUUGUGUUGGAUGCUUACCUGGAAUGGGAACGAGGAAAUUUAACCGGAAAACCGUUUCCCUACGAAGAGGUCGACGCAUUCUUCAGACAGUUUCGCGACAUCUACGAAUCCAUGCAAACUCCGGAACUGUUUGACGUGAAGCCGUUAAACAUCACCGAGCUCAACAAGGGAUCCGCUAAUGCCUCAUUCGAAGGAUUAUUCGAGCAAAUGGAAACGCAGCACGGACCACUAAAUGAAGCAGCGUUCAACGGGUGCUACUGGACUCAACACAUCUUGGACAGCAAUUUCUGCAGAUUAGGAACCUGGCCGGAACUCAACAAGCUCCUCAUAGACCAAUUCGCGCUGCAGCGCGCCACAUUCAUCUAUAAGAAUCAUACCGGGAUCGAGCGGGGAGACUGGUUCGAUGAAGUUCCUGAAGACCUGAUGCGGUAUCCUUCCGGAAUACCAGCGCUUCUGACUUGGUCGAUAUGCCUGCUCCAACUCGCCGCAGACGCCGGCUCAAUUUCCAGGCCGCGCGACCAUGAUCUGCGACAAGUCUUAUCUGCUGAUUACGACAAAGUGAACGCUCGGGUCAACGAUCUAAAGCGGAUCUUUGGGCUGGACGACUGGCCACAUGCCGUGAAUCUCAGUGGAGGAGAUGAACGUCUUUAUGAAAAAGGCAUCAAACUGAUUCCCGACAUCCUGGAGGCAUACGAAGAGCUGUUCGUGGAUCGAUGCCGUGACCCUAUCACCAAGGAUGAAGCGAAGAUCUGGGCGGAACAUAAAGCAUUCGUGCUGGAUGCCUUUCUGGCAUGGGAUCGACGCAACUCUACUGGAAAGCCAUUUCCCUACGGCGAAGUCGACGCCUUUUUUCAAGAGUUUCGCGACAUCUACGACGUGAUGCCAAACCCGGAGUUGUUCGACGUGAAGUCGUUGAACAUCCCUGAACUCGACAUGGGUUCCGCUGAGGCUUCUUUUGAGGCGUUAUUCGACAAAAUGGAGGAUGAGAACUUCCACGGUCCGAUAAAUGCUACAGCAGUUCAUCGCUGCUUCUGGAGGCAACUUAUUUUUGACAACAACUUCGCCGCUAUGGACAUCUGGCCGCAUCUCCAAAAAAUGGGACCCGAUGUGGGGCUGUUGUCUGCGGUCACUCACCUCUAUCAUAAUCACACAGGCAAAGAUCCGGAGGCCUUAAUGACCCCAGUGUAUGAGCUACAAAUGAUAACCAUGAUGCUUCUUCAGCGGAACAUGGCUCAUACAUUCGAGGGGCUA